AGCCGGUAGGUGUGCUGUACCGUUGGGGUUGGAAUUGUAUAUUUGGUAUUAGUUAAUAUUGUAGUGCAAAAUUUCUAAUGGAGCCUUAUGAAGUUAUUGUUAAUCAACCAGUUGUCAUUGAUAAUGGAUCUGGUGUCAUAAAAGCUGGAUUUGCUGGGGAUCAAAUACCGAAAUGUUGUUUUCCAAAUUACAUUGGCCGGCCCAAACACAUACGUGUUAUGGCUGGGGCGUUAGAAGGGGAUCUAUUUGUUGGACCUAAAGCGGAAGAACAUAGAGGAUUAUUAAGUUUAAAAUAUCCAAUGGAACAUGGGAUCGUUACUGAUUGGAAUGAUAUGGAAAGGAUAUGGCAAUACGUAUAUGGGAAUGAUCAGCUACAGACAUUUUCUGAAGAACAUCCUGUAUUGCUCACAGAAGCUCCUCUCAAUCCCAAGAGAAACAGAGAAAAAGCUGCUGAAAUAUUUUUUGAAUCCUUCAAUGUUCCUGCUCUAUAUGUAUCAAUGCAAUCAGUUUUAAGUUUAUAUGCAACUGGUAGGACUACUGGUGUGGUUCUUGACUCAGGUGAUGGUGUCACUCAUGCUGUUCCAAUAUACGAAGGAUUUGCAAUGCCGCAUAGCAUUAUGAGGACUGAUAUUGCUGGAAGAGAUGUUUCACGAUAUUUAAGACUUCUUCUGCGGAAAGAAGGGGUUUACUUAAAAACGACUGCUGAGUUUGAGAUUGUCCGAACCAUUAAAGAAAAAGCAUGUUACUUAUCAAGCAAUCCACAAAAAGAAGAUUCAGCUGAUACAGAAAAACAACAAUACGUACUUCCUGAUGGCAGUUCCCUUGAUAUUGGAGGUGCAAGGUAUCGUGCCCCAGAAGUGUUGUUCAGGCCAGAUUUGAUAGGUGAAGAAUGUGAAGGUAUACACGAAGUUCUAGUCUAUUCGAUACAGAAAUCAGAUCUCGAUUUAAGGAGAGUUCUCUUUCAAAAUAUUGUUUUAUCUGGUGGCUCUACAUUGUUUAGGGGUUUUGGAGACAGAUUACUUUCUGAGAUUAAAAAAGUAGCACCAAAGGACAUAAAAAUCAGAAUAUCUGCUCCUCAAGAACGAUUAUACUCUACUUGGAUAGGUGGUUCUAUUUUGGCAUCUUUAGAUACCUUUAAGAGGAUGUGGGUCUCAAAACGUGAAUUUGAGGAUGAAGGAGGGAGAGCGAUUCACAGGAAAACAUUCUAGCCCCAGAUCACAUUAACCAUACGUUUCACGUUGAUAUAUUCCAAUUGCUAUUAAUAAGUAAAGAUUUAUUUAUAGUAAAGCAAAUAUCACUUAAAUUUAAUUUGCAAAGAAAAAAAGUGUUUAGGAAUAAAAUAUAUCAUGGAUAUAUUACUUUUGGC